CUCCAAAGAAAAGAUCAACUAAAUCUCGCAAGACUCUGCCAUCACCUGCCAAGAAAAAACAGAAUCAGGCAAAAGCAGUUAAAGCAGUUCCCAAAAAAAGUUCAGCCAAAAAGAAAACUCUAAAGAAACGAAAAAAUAAACAGUUAACUCCAAUCAAAAAAGGGCCAGCUAAGGCAACAGCAACAAGAGCAGUUUCAAAAGUCAAAAAGAAAAACCUAACUACAUCUAAAAAGACAGCAUCUACAUCUGCCAAGAAAAAGCUCAAUCAGCCAAGAAAAGUUGCAACAAAAAGGAAAAUAUCUAAAGCCAAAAAUACAGCGUCAAAGAAAUCCAAAAACUUUACUUCACCUGCCAAGAAACAAGUGAAUCAACCUAAAGCACUGAAAUCAGUACUAAAAACACAACCAGCCUCAAAGAAAAGACCAAAUCAAUUGAACAGCUCCUUGUCUAAAACUGCCAGGAAACAGUCAAAUCAAACAAAAGAAGGCAAAUCUCCAGCUCUCGGAAAAACUCUGGCCAAAAAGAAAAACCUACAAAAACCUAAACCAGCUGCUAGAAAACUAUUCAAUGGGUCUAAAUCUGCUAAAGCCGAACCAAAAAGAUCUCCAGCCAAGAAGAAAAUUCAAAAGAAAUCUACACAGAAAGGGUCCACAGCAG